UUGUCAACAACAAAUCCACAACCAUAUAUAAACCCUCUCAUCUCACUCUUCUAUCAAUUUAUUACACACAUUCUCACAUUUCACAUUUCACAAUUCACAACACAACACAAAUUUUUCCUCUCUCUCUUCCUUCAUCUUCGCAACCACACUCUCUUUCAGAGCUCAUGUGCCAAUUCGAUGACGAUAACUGGGUCGAAACGGCCAUGGCUGACGUCAACUUAGUCGCAAACUUCCUUCUCACCAUGAAGAAAACAUCAUCUCCUCCUUCUUCUUCACUUUCUCCGCCUCUUAAUCUUCACUGGACCGUUCGUCAACGCCGUUCAAAGUCCCGCACUCGGAAGAUGAAAACCGAUUCGACAAGAGCAAGUCCUACAACGCCUCUCUCUUGGAGCGCCGCCACUUCCGCCAGUGGCGCCGACGGUAACGAAGAAUCCAGUCGUCUCACAAAACCGGUUCACACUUCAAGAUCUAAGGUUGAGGAGCAAUGUGAAGCCAGUGGCAACAAAAGGCUAAGAAAGAAAAGGUCUCUACCUGAUCUACUUGAGGAAGAGAGGUUGCUUCUGAAAGAAAGAGGAAAUUUGAAAGAUAGAGUGGCUUCCAUGCAUCUCAAUGUUGAGAAGCAAAGAGCCAACAAUGAAAGCUUAAAGAAAAUGAAGCUUGAUUUGGUGUCACAAACGAACACAGAAACAGCCAGAAUCUCUCUGGUGUCACAAAAGAACACAGAAACAGCCAGAAUCUCUCUGGUGUCACAAAAGAACACAGAAACAGCCAUAAUCUCUCUGGUGUCUGGAAAAGCUGUUCUUCACACACCGCAGGUUGCGGACACAAACCGCGGUUCAGCAUCUAAAUUAGUCCAGUCUCAGACAGUCCAAGAGAAGAAAUCAGUUGUCAUUACAGAGGGUGCUUCAUCUAAAUUAGUCCAACCUCAGACAGUCCAAGAGAAGAAAUCAGUAGUCAUUACAGAGGGUGCUUCAUCAUCUAAAUUACUCCAGCCUCAGACAGUCCAAGAGAAGGAAUCAGCUGUCAUAACAGAAGGUGCUUCAUCAUCUGUGCAAAGAGAGAUUCAUCGAGAAAAUAAUAACCGAGAAUUACCAUUCCUGCUGCCUGAUCUAAAUCUACCUCCAGAGGAAGAACAAAACUGCAACACCUUUUCUUAGAUAAGUUUAUUAACUGAGUAUGCGUGCUUAUAUGUUAGAUCUUGAUCCUUAUAAGAUCUAACAUCGGUACUGAGUACUAACCAACCGUAGGUUAUGCUAAUGUAAUUGCUGGUGCUGCUCCAUUUGCUUCCCUCAAAUAGUCAAAAUCACUGCAAAUUAAUUUUUUCAGUUCAUGGUGGUACUGAGGGUAGUGUAAGUGUAGUCACUAGCCAUUAGAGAUUCUGACAACAUUAGCCAUAGUUUCAUUUUUUCUUUUCUUUUCAUGCUUGUCCAAGAUUCUUUUGAGGAAAUCCCUCAAUUUUUUUUCUUCCUUUACUAUAGAAAUUGAAAAUAUUUACUUAUAAAUGUAAUUACAUGGUCUGUGCUUUUAAAAUCAAGACAAUUCAUUAAUUUUGGUUAUUUUA